UCCUCAACUGUUUUCCCAAUUUCAAUUUCAAAACCCUAGAAUGUCUAGGAGAAGCAGAGGUAACCAAUGUUCUUCGAAUGGAAGCAUCAGCGCAGAAGGGACUUCGUCUUCCAAGAGGGGUGAAGAGAAGACUUUGUCUGGGAGAUGCUUUUGUGGACAGGGUGUGGUGUUGCUACAAUCUGGAACCUUAACAAAUCCUGGGAGAUGGUUCGUAAGGUGUCCUCUAUGGAAGACGAUGGAUUGCAAGUAUUUUAUAUGGGUGGAUGAGAUUGACGGAGGAUGGGAGGGACUGGCAAGAGCCCUUGUUAGAAAAAAUCAAGAUAGCUCCUGUGGUAACCAUGAGGUCAAUCUCACUGGGCAAAGAAGAGAGAUUCAAGAGAAUAGUGUGAAGAUCUUGUUAAAGAUAGGGAAGCUCCAGGGUGAAAUUAGAAUUAUUAGGUCAUGGAUUAUAACUAUUUUUUUGAGUUUACUGAUUUGUGUAGGGCUGAAUCUACUCCAAUUAAUCAAUAUGUAACUGUGCUUAUGGUGUAUGUUGUCCUGGAGUCUUUUUGUGCAGCUUUUUGGUUUCAAUGAUGAUGAACUUAGAAGCUGGUUGGUCUCGAUGAUGAUGAACUUCGAAACUCUGUUACUAUCUUCACUUGUUGUGGAAAAAGUCAAGUUGUGUUAUGACAUUAAUGUCCAUGAUUGUUAAUGUAUUUGAUAUCUGUUAGAUUGGAGUUAA